CUAGGGAGAAAUGUACAAACAGCUGGGAAGGACAACAAGGAACAGCAUUCUGUAGCUGGAAUUUCUUGACACUGGAUAAUUAUUUGUAAAUGUGGUAGAGAUCGUCAGAGCAAAAUGAAUCUUUUCUGUUUUUCACUGGAGGGCUCCAUGGAUAGCUUAUAUGAACCUGUUAAAGAGAAUCAAGAACCACAGGAAGCUAUUUGUAUGACCAGCCGGGCUAACACCCCAGUAAAUGUCCCAGUGAAGUAUGGGCCUCCAGAGAGAUCCCAGUCUUUGGAAUUUUCUGAUAUUGAAGGGACAUUAAUGAAAAAAAGAAAGUCCAUCCAGAAGUCUAUGUCAGAGAAUGAAGCAUUUGAUAGAAAAACUGUGAAUGGCAUAAUCGGGCAGCUUCCCAAGAAGCAAGAGAAUGAUUUGUACUUUGGAAGGCACUGUCAGUCUGAAGAAAUGAAUGAAGAUUUUCUUAUUGGUGAACGGUUACAUUUACUACAAGGAACAAGGAUAGAAGAAACUACUUGUCAGGUAAUGACCCUGGAACAGUGGAUUCCACAUCAGAGUCAUGAUAAUCAUGAUGCAUCUAGUGAUAUGGUUGCAGAUGCAGAUGAAAACAAAGCUGAAACAAUGGGAACCUUAAAACAGUUGCAGAAAUUAGUCCGAACCAAGAAAGCCAGUGUACACAGUUUGGAAGACAUCAAGCAUGUCUUGGCUCCUCUCAAUCCACCACCACAGCAUGCCUGCCCAUCUGAAGAUGAGGAUGAGGUUCUGACAUCUUGUAUGAAACUAACAAAAUCUCAGGACAAGAAAGUUUUAAAGGAGAACACAAGACAAAAGGAAGAAAGCAAAACUAGAACAGAUGUCAUCUCUGCUUCUUUAGGCAGAUCUUAUACUUCAAGACUGAGCAACCUGGGAAACAUUUCUAUCCGUUCGGAAACUGAAUUUCAGCUCUGGAGUGACUGGAAGCCCUUCCCUGACAAUCAGUUAUGUCCUCGUGAUUUUCUGAUCACCAGAAUAGAAGAGUGGGAACAAUGUACUUGUUCUCACCAGCCCCGUCUUUCUUGUUCCCUUACCAAUGUGGAUCUCCCAUUUUCAUGGCGAGCAAGCAGCUUUGGAAACUUUGACCAUAACAGACAUCCAUCGUCAUCAAAACCAGAUGAUUCAUCUGAGAUUUGUGAAGUAGAGGCUGCAAGUGACGGUGGGGAACCAGGACAAAAUAAAAUCACUAAUGGAGGAAGCCUUGGAAAGAAAAUGCGGGCAAUAUCCAUGACCAUGAAAAAAAAGAUGGGGAAAAAGUACAUCAAAGCACUUUCAGAGGAAAUGAAUGAGGAAGGAAAAGAAGAUUCUGGCUCUAAUAGAGACAGUGACCCUGGAGGAGGAGCAAAUACUGAGAAAGCGUCUCUGAAAGCCAGUGACUCCAUGGACAGCCUGUAUAGCGGUCAGAGCUCAUCAAGUGGAGUAACUAGCUGCUCAGAUGGGACCAGCAACAGGGACAGCCUGAGGCUAGAUGAUGAAGUCCCUUAUACAGGACCGUUCUGUGGCAGAGCCAGAGUGCACACUGACUUCACACCAAGUCCUUAUGACACAGACUCUCUCAAAAUCAAGAAAGGAGACAUUAUUGACAUCAUCUGCAAAACUCCUAUGGGCAUGUGGACAGGGCUCCUAAACAACAAGGUGGGAAACUUCAAAUUCAUUUAUGUGGAUCUAAUUGAAGAAGAAGAAUCUACAUCCAGAAAGAUAAAGCCACACAAGAGAAGUAAAAGGGCCAAGCCAAAAUCCCUUCAGGAACUCUUGGAACGAAUCCAUCUUCAGGACUACAUAUCAACUCUCUUGCUAAAUGGCUAUGAGAAACUGGAAGAUUUAAAAGAUCUAAAAGAGAGCCAUUUGAUUGAGCUAAAGAUUGAAAACCAAGAAGACAGAAUGAGAUUGCUAUCUGCUAUUGAAAGCCUGCAGGACUAUGAAAAUGAACAAGACCAAGAUGCUGAGCAAGUACCACAGACCUUAAGCUCUGACCUUGGCUUUAACAAGUCACAGUCAAGUGACUGUCCAAGAGACUCCGGCUGUUAUACUUCAUCAGAAAAUUCAGAUAACAGCAAAGACGACCCAGACACAGAGAACCUCUCUGCCCUGGUGCAUGCAAUCACCAUCACUGAGUCAAACUAAAUGGGCUCACAUUUCUAGAAUGAUUCACACUGAGUUUGCGGCUUUAGCAAACACCCUGAACUUAUCUGCUAGCAUGGAAAUGAAAUAAUACAAAGUAAUGUCCAUUAUCAACCAAUUUUGAGACUCAAUAUAUAACUGGUUUUCCAUCUAAUGGCAUUUUCUGUAAGAAAAUAUGUGUCUCUUGAACAGUCCUCUACUUCCUUUUGUAAUUUUGCUAAAAACCCAGUCAUUGCAUUUUUAUACAUAAUUUGUACAGCAAAUUCCUUUUCUAUCAUGCAAAUGUCUAGGUAAUGCUUUAUGCUUCUGAGACUGCUUAUUUUCAAAAACAUUUCUAAGUGUUAUAAAUACUGUAAAUAAUUAUUUUACAAGGCAAAGAAAUUAGCUUGUCCUUCUUAUCCUCUGAUACACUUCUACACAGUAAUGUUUUCACCAAAAAGCCACUGCAAUUAACAUAAAGAUAGCCAAAUAUCUGAAUUCUGAAUAUGAAACUUUUAGGCCUAAUUUCAUCAACUUUAAUACAAAAUUAAAUUCAGUGAUCACUUUAAGAUAAUUUAUGAUGUCAUAAAGGAAUAUUUAUAUACGUAACAAGAUAUUUAUACCUGGAAAGUGUAUUCUGAAUACUCUGUAUGCUUGCUCGUUUUUACAUAAAAGGUUUCCUUAUUCCUAUUAUUGCCUUUGUAAACAUUGUGAAAAU